AUGUCGAAUGAUAUCGAGGACAUGAUCGGACAUGCCAGCGUCACCUCUUCCCUCGUGACCAGUUCUGGUAAGUAUUGCUCCAAGUACAAACAUAUGCGGGAUGUGUUCAUGACCGCGAGUCCGAGACACGAUCGGACAUAUGGCUACGGCGCUGGAGUGGGGACGUCGAGAUGA